UCUUUUCCGAGAUAGGGGAGGAUGGCAUUCGUCACAAGUUCAGAACUAGUGGAAAUGCCGUGGUGGUGUUGACGGCCCUUAGCAUUGCCGCCUACGCGACCCUUAUCGCGCUGACCGUGAGGCUGGACAAAUAGGCGGUCACGCCUCGCCAAGACACUUUAGGCAGUAUGUCUACAACCUACUGCGUACCUGCCAAGUACAUGCAGGAUGCGACGGGCUCAUCCUCCAAGUGCAGUCGAGAGACGUGGCACGCGGGUGUGCCGAGCCGACUUCCGCCAACAUCAAGCCAUAUCGACGUUCCAGCGCAAAGUUGAGGGGUGGCCCGACAGGGAUAAACUUGCAACACGAGUAAGACAUUUCCUGCCCGGGUAUGUGGGACCUGCGGUUCAUGACGAGAUGGAGCAUUACCGCUCUCAGUCACCCGAACUGGCAGCCUCACUGUCUAGGAUUAUCAUGUUGUCUAUGCUCGAACCAUUGCCUGCAAUGCUCGUAACUCGUUACACGGUACUCUAUGUCGCUGCUACGGGAGAUGAUUACCGGUCUAGUCCACUCCAAACUAUGGUGGCGCUACUGACGAUACGUAACGGUCCGAAGCGUGCUCGGGACGGCGUGUCGAAUAGUCGGAUUGGUCUGCAGUUCUCCUUGCAACAUGUCCCGAAGGGAAUACUUUCUGUACAUUACCUUCUUGUAUGGUUAAUCUGUCUCUUCGUAUUCAAUUACUCAUGGUCUAAUUCAUACAUCUAUUCACGACCCCUUCCCGACUUCACCAGCUCUUAUGUAGCCCUCCAAUAUAUAAACUGCAGUAUCCUCCGUAUCCAACUCUUCUCUUCAUAAAACUCCCAUCAUCUUGGAUACGUGGCACCUUAAUAGCCGGGUCGAUGAAUUUGAUAAAAUGGAUAGCCAAAGUAUCAUAUACAUUAAAAAACCAGUUACAAAAGCCUACUAUCUCUGGGAAAAGUUGACCUUGACUGUUGUAGAUGUCUUGCUCAUCGACAUGACUUAUAUA